UUGCGCUGAAUUUAAAUGUUUUCAUUCAAAGGCAUGUAAAUAAUCUGAGUGUGAUGUGUUUUUCGGUAUUUUUGUAUGCGAUUUUUUUUUUUUUAAAUUAAAAGUCCAUGAUCAGUUGAAUGAAACUUGUUUGAACAAAUACAGCAAAUAGUGCGCCUGAUUUAUUGUGAAUAACGUUUAUAUUAUUUGUUACAUGCGAAAUUAAAAUAUCAUGGGUAGAAAGGAGAAAAGGCAGCGCUUGAUUGCAUCUAUCGAUCCAAGAUUUUGUGGUGUAGUUAACAGUGCUCAAGCUUCUGAAAUUGAAAGUGACCCAAAAAAUAACUCUUUGUUUCAACAACUUCCAAGCACAGAGGCUAGUAAUAUAAAAUCAAAUAAGGAUGAAGGAUUUUGUUUAUUUCUUUCCAAAAAAUUGGCUGAUUAUCUGGACAGUCACAUGAAAGAAGUAGAACCAAAGCCUUCAAAUGAACUUCUGGAAAAAGAUGUUUCAGAAGAUUUUCACCUUUUCUCUAAUUCAAAUAUCCAAGUUCAAGGUGCAUGCAACUCUGUGUCAGUAAAUUCUCAGCCAAGAAAAAAGAAAAAGAAAGACAAGUAGUUUGAGAGGGAUCUGUUGAACCAAGUAGCCGUAACAGCUGACUGGGUACAAAAGCAAGCAAAGCUAUAUACGACAUAGUUUUCUAUAACUAUUGUAUUUUCUUAUGUAUAUAUGUAAGGUAUAUUCAUAAAUAUGUGUUUAUAUAAAAGACAAUGUUCUUUAUUUUUUAAAUUGAUUGUAAUGAUGAAACUUAGUUGAAAGUAAAUUUCAUGAUUUAAUUAUCAUUCUGCAGAAUGUUAGAAAUUAAAGGCAUUGCUCUCGUG